AUGGUCGCAGUGAAAGCCUUAAAAAACACCGAUGUCUUCAAGCCUAUUAAGGUUGGGAAACACGAAUUGAGCAACAGAAUAGUGUAUGCUCCCACCACCAGAAAAAGAGCGCUUCCUGACCACACACCUUCGGAUCUCCAGUACAAGUACUAUGAUGACCGUACCAAGUUUCCCGGCUCCUUGGUGAUCACAGAAGCCACCAUUUUGUCGCCCAAAACCGGUCUCUACGAAAACGUUCCAGGAAUCUAUACUGAAUCGCAUGUGGCUGCGUGGAAGAAGAUCACAGAUAAGAUUCACGCCAACAAAUCGAGAGUGUCGAUGCAGCUUUGGCCAUUGGGCCGUGUGGCUGACCCGGUAGCGACAAAAGAGGCUGGGUAUCCAUUGAUCGCUCCAACUGCUCUGUACGAAAGCGAAGAGUCCCGAAAAGCCGCAGAGGCCGCCGGAAACCCAGUCCACGAGCUUACUACGCUGGAGGUUGAAGAUUUGGUGGAUGACUUUGUGAAUACUGCCAAAAAUGCAGUUGCUGCUGGCGUCGACUAUGUUGAAGUCCAUGGUGCACAUGGAUAUCUCGUGGAUACGUUUUUCCAAGUCAGUGCUAACAGCAGAACUGACAAGUAUGGAGGCUCGAUCGAAAACAGAUCAAGAUUGGCUUUGGAAAUCAUUGACCGGUUGAUCGAGGAGAUUGGCGCCGACAGAGUGGCCAUCCGUAUUUCUCCAUGGGUCAAGUUCCAAGGCAUUCUUGCUGAGGAGGGCGAAGUCAGUCCAGUGGCGCAGUUUGGCCACUUUUUGGGCGAGCUUGAGAACAGGGCCAGGGCAGGAAAGAGAAUCGCCUAUGUGUCCAUUGUGGAGCCUAGAUUUGGAGGCGGCGGCGAUAUUUCACCGGAGAACAUCUACGGCGACAACUCGUUUGCCAAGUCUGUGUGGAAGGGCAUUCUUAUUAAGGCAGGAAACUACACAUACGAUGCUCCCGAAUUCAACACUCUCGUGGAGGAUGUCUCUGACGGAAAAACCCUUGUUGCUUUCGCGAGAUACUUCACUUCAAACCCAGACUUAGUCCAAAGGCUCCAUGAUGGAACUGACUUGACCCCUUACAACAGAGCCUUAUUUUACAACAACAGUAACUGGGGCUACAACACUUUUAACAGUGCCGAAGAGGCUACGGUUUUCGAUGAGGAGAAGGAACAAAAGAGGCUCCAGCAG